ACAAAACCUCGCCUCCAAGACACAACAUUCCCUUCCUCAACAAAUAGUUCUCUUGUCCGUCACCUACGCCCAGCUUACGUGCCCAUCACCACUGCUCACUGCCCUGCUAUUUUCCUCCUUUCCCUGGACCACACCCACCUUCUUACUCUUCGAAGCCCUUGUGAGACGAGGUCCUCGCCAUGUCGACCCUCGAGGAGCUCGAUGACAUCGAUCGCCAAGGCCGCGACGACAAGGACAAGAAGGACGAUAGGGAUGAUGCCGGCAGGGGCAAUGGGAAGGCCCCAGGCGGUGAUGCCGAUGCGGAGAUGAAGGAUGCUGCAGAGGAGGAGAACGACCUGAUCGACGAGGAGAUCCUACAGCUCAGCACCCAGGACAUACUCAACCGCAGGCGGCUGCUCGACAACGACGCCAGGAUCAUGAAGUCGGAACACCAGCGCCUGCAGCAUGAGAAGGCAACCAUGAACGAAAAAAUCAAGGAGAACCGCGAGAAGAUUCAGAACAACCGACAAUUGCCUUACUUGGUCGGCAACGUCGUCGAGCUGCUAGAUCUCGACCCUACGGCCGAGUCGUCAGAGGAAGGAGCAAACAUCGAUUUGGACGCGACACGGGUUGGCAAGUCCGCCGUCAUCAAAACCUCCACCAGGCAGACCAUCUUCUUGCCACUCAUCGGCCUGGUUGACCCCGAGAACCUGAAGCCUGGCGACCUCAUCGGUGUUAACAAGGACUCCUAUUUGAUCCUCGACACUUUGCCCGCCGAAUACGACUCCCGCGUGAAGGCCAUGGAGGUCGACGAGAAGCCUACGGAGAAGUACAGCGAUGUGGGCGGGCUGGACAAACAGAUCGAGGAGCUCGUCGAGGCCAUCGUGUGGCCCAUGAAGGAGGCCGAGCGCUUCAAGAAGAUUGGCAUCAAGGCACCCAAAGGUGCACUGAUGUACGGCCCCCCUGGUACUGGCAAAACGCUGCUGGCCAGAGCAUGCGCUGCUCAGACCGAUGCCACCUUCCUCAAGCUUGCCGGUCCUCAGCUCGUCCAGAUGUUCAUCGGUGAUGGUGCGAAACUUGUCCGGGACUGUUUCGCUCUGGCCAAGGAGAAGGCACCGUCCAUCAUCUUCAUUGACGAGCUCGAUGCCGUGGGCACCAAGCGGUUCGACUCGGAGAAGUCUGGCGACCGCGAGGUCCAGCGGACUAUGCUGGAGUUGCUCAACCAACUUGACGGCUUUGCGUCCGACGACCGCAUCAAGGUCCUGGCGGCGACCAACCGUGUUGAUGUGUUGGACCCCGCCCUGCUCCGGUCGGGUCGUCUUGACCGCAAGAUAGAGUUUCCCCUGCCCAACGAGGAGGCGCGCGCCCAGAUUCUUAAGAUCCACAGCCGCAAGAUGAAGGUUGACCCCAACACCAACUGGAGCGAGCUGGCACGCAGCACGGAUGAGUUUGGUGGAGCCAUGCUGAAGGCUGUGUGUGUCGAGGCGGGUAUGAUCGCACUGCGGAUGGGCAAGAACAAGAUCAGCCACGAGCAUUACGUCGACGCCAUCGCUGAGGUGCAGUCCAAGAAGAAGGAGACGGUCAACUUUUACGCGUAAAAUCGACGACGAUCCAGCGAUUACGAAGCUCCUGGGCCUCUUUGGGAGAGAGGCCUACUGCUUUCUCGGUGGCAAAGGUCUUUUGCUUUCUGGAACUAGAGGGACGCCAAGAAGCGGCUGAGAGAGGUUCGCAUGGAGAUAGAAGGGUUUGGGCUACAUCUGUACGACUACAACAUGACUUUACCCCGAUGGCCCUCCAUGGCCUGACCAAUGAUGACGAUGGCAACAUGGUAUCCACCCCC